CCAAUUAAUACAUAUCAGAGGAAAUGGAAAUCACCUCAAGUUUGCUCUUCCUACUGAUUCUCUUGUUGCCAGCCGUAGCUUUAAUUCUGCCUCUGAGCGAAAGACGGCGACGCCGGGAUGGUUCCAAGCCCCCUGGACCUCCAGGGUGGCCUGUCUUUGGCAACAUAUUUGAUCUAGGAACCAUCCCGCACCAAACCCUCUGUUUUCUGAGACCCAAGUACGGACCUGUGAUUUGGUUAAAACUUGGAUCUGUCAACACUCUGGUGAUACAGUCGGCCAAGGCAGCAACUGAGCUCUUCAAGAAUCAUGACCAGGUUUUCUGCGACCGAAGAUGUCCGGUCUCAUUUACGGCGCAUAAUUACAACCAGGGGUCAUUGGCAGUAGGCAGGUACGGCUCCUACUGGCGCAUGAUUCGCCGUCUAUGUACGGUGGAGAUCAUGGUGAACAGGAGACUCAAUGAGACGGCUUACCUCAGGCGGAAGUGCAUUGACAACAUGAUACAUAACAUGGAGGAGGAUGCAGAGGUGGCACGUGCGCAGGGAGACGCAGGGGAGCUUGAUUUGUCCCAGUUUCUUUUCCUCUUGGCUUUUAACGUCAUAGGCAACCUGGUGCUGUCGCGGGAUCUUAUAGAUUCCAGGUCCAAGGAAGGGAGAGAGUUCUUUAACGCCAUGGGCAGGGUCAUGGAGUGGGGUGGGAAACCAAACAUCUCUGACUUCUUUCCAGUCUUGAAAUGGUUGGAUCCUCAGGGAAUCAAGAGAAACAUGGAGCGGGAUAUGGGCACUGCAAUGAAAAUAAUCUCCGAGUUUGUGAAGGAGCGGAUGGAGGAGAAGCAACUCGGGGAAGAGACGACAACAAAAGACUUCCUAGAUGUUCUGUUGGAGUAUCAAGGUGAAGGGAAAGACGGGGCGGAUAAGCUAACAGAACAGAAUGUUCUCAUUUUCAUACUGGAAAUGUUUUUUGCUGGGUCAGAAACAAGCAGCAGUACAAUUGAAUGGGCAAUGGCAGAGCUGCUCCGACACCCAGAAUCAAUGAGGAAGGUUAAAGAAGAGCUGGAUCGAGUAGUUGGACCAAAAAGGAAGGUUGAAGAGUGUGACACAGAAAAUCUACCCUAUUUUCAAGCAGUGAUUAAGGAGACCCUACGGCUAUAUCCUGCACUUCCUCUAACGAUUCCUCGGAAUGCAAUGGAAGAGAGAAACUUUAUGGGGUAUGUCAUACCCAAAGAUACCCACAUUUGGGUAAACUCUUGGGCAAUUGGAAGAGAUCCAGAUGCCUGGGAGGAUCCCUUGUCGUUCAAACCUGAGAGAUUCUUAAGCUCCAAAAUUGACUACAAGGGGCAGAAUUUCGAGCUGCUCCCUUUUGGAUCGGGGAGACGAAUUUGUGUUGGCAUGCCACUAGCUCUCAGGGUGAUUCAUUUGGCUCUAGCCACCUUGCUGCAUCAUUUUGAUUGGGAGCUUCCGAUCAACACAACUCCAAAGGAUUUAGACAUGAAUGAGAGGAUGGGGAUAACAGCUCGAAAGCUCGUACCACUGCGAGCAAUUCCCAAGAAGCAGGUAAUGUAAGAAAGACAAAAGAUGAUGACCGGAGAGAAAAUCAUCCGGGAAUAUGGGAUUGAUCAUGUAUUGUUGAUGUAUUGAGGUUUCUUCUAGAUACCCUUAGUUUGCACUUUAGACUGUUGUGUAAUGUUGUGGUUGCAGUUUUUCUCAUGCUAUUGCAAAAACCAAUUUAUAAUUAUUUUGAACAGUAUUAUGUGUUUCUAUGAUUAUUAAAAUCAAUUUAAUUAC